AGUUUCAGUUCACAUCUUUUGGCGCGAAAAUAACCAGAAAAAUUAUUCAUAAAAUAAAAUAAAUUAAAUUAAGCAAGUUUUAAGCCAUGAGUGAUGACAACGAAGAUACUGGCUUAACAGCUUCAAGAACAAAGAGACGAAAAGUUGAGAAAAGAAGUGCAACAGCAUUCGAACGAUUGAGAGAAUUAAAGCAGUCAGGAAGCAAGAACAAGUGGGUAAAUGAAGAUGAUUCCAAAGUUUAUGAUGAAGUGGAUGAGGAUGAAUACACAAAAAUCGUUUCAAAUAGAGCCUGUGAUUGGAUUGUUGAUGAUGAUGGUGCUGGAUAUGUAGAGGAUGGCAGAGAGAUAUUUGACGAUGUUGAUGAUGAUUAUGAAGUUCAAUCGAAUUCAAAUAAGCGUAAAAGUGUUCCAAAGAAGAAAGGAAAACUUCCAGAGGAACCAGCAGCUAAAAAGAAGUCAUUAAAGAACUUUUUCAGUACCAAAGAUGUCAAAGAGAAAGAAUCAUCAAGUGUUAAUGAAGACAAUCUCCUAAAGAACAUAUUGGGUGAACUGGAUGAAGGAAGUACGUCCACAGCUAAUAAUUCAUUUAAUAACGUUGCACCAAAACCACUUAAAGUCAUCCGCAAACAAGCAACAGAAUCGGAAAUUGAGAUGAAAAAGUAUAUGGAACAAUUUGGGAAGAAGAUUGCAGACAAAAAGAAGCACGAUGUGGACGGAGAUGAAAUAUUAGACUCGUUGCUCAAAACUGAACGAGUAAAGGAAGCAAAGAAGAAAAUAGUCGAAAAGGAAGAACCAGUCAUUCAUAAUGAAGUUGCAGUUAUCAAAACAGAACCGGUACCUUUAACAGCUAAGCAAUUACAGGAACAAGAAGAGGCUCGUGAAAUUAUGGAAGUUUCAAUGAUUGAUGAUGAUUUUUUAAUGGACGAUGAAGUUGUGGCACCAAAAAAAGUUGAAAGUCAGCAACCAAAAGUCCCAGAAGUAAAGGCACAAGUUCUAGACAGCAGUAAAAUACAAUCAAAUGGCACAAAAAUCAAAUCUAUUUCUACAAAGUCUGCUAAUAUUGAUACAACUAUCUUUGAUGAACUAAAAGACAUCGAUUUCAAUGCCGAAAUGUUUGAUGAGGACAUUGGGAACGUUGAUUUUAAUACUGAAACUAUGAAAUUCUACUACCUUGAUGCCUGGACAGACAUGAAUAAUCGUCCCGGUGAGAUUUAUCUCUUCGGUAAAGUAGAAGUUCCUGGAAAAAUCAUCACAUACAAUUCAAUUUGUGUUAAAGUCGAGAAUGUCAAUCGUCAUUUAUUUCUUUUGCCAAGAACUCAUGUCUAUGAUAUAAGACAGAAGAAACUUACAGAUCAGGAAGUAAGCAUUGCGGAUGUCUAUGAAGAAUUUGAUGAGAAAAUAUCAAAAGAAUUAAAACUUAGUUCAUUCAAUAGCCGAAAAGUUUGUAAAUCUUUUGCAUUCACACUACCAGAAGUGGAUGUGCCAAUUGAAAGUGAAUAUUUGGAAGUAGUUUAUCCUGGAAAGUUUCCAACACCAAAUCAAAAGAAUAAAUGCUCGACAAUAGCUCAUAUUUUUGGCACAAAUACAUCCCCAAUUGAGACAUUUAUUCUCGAGCGAAAGAUUAAAGGUCCAUGCUGGCUAGAAAUAAAGAAUUUUAAAGUCAUUGACGCACCAUCAAGCUGGACAAAGAAUCAAAUAUCAUGUCCAGACAUAAAUUGUGUCAGUGUUGCUACCGAUUGUCAAAAUAAGUCACCGCCAACAUUAGCAAUCAUUACCAUGAAUGUCAAAUGCAUUUUAAAUCCAUCCACAAAUAAGAAUGAAGUCGUACAAAUCUCAUGUCUUGUAAAUGACAAAUUUAGUCUUGAUAGACCAAACAAGCAAUUAGUUACACGACAAUAUUGUGGCAUUUCACGUCCAUCAAAUAAAAAUUGGCCAUUUGACAUUAAUAAUCAUACAGCAAGAUUUAAAAAGUUUAAAAUAUUUAAAUUCGAUAAUGAACGUGCCUUGCUGACAUGGUUUUUGAGCAUUUAUCAAAGCAUUGAUCCUGAUUUAGUUGUUACAUUUGAUUCUAAUGACUGUCAACUUGAUAUAAUCUGUAAUCGAAUAACAUUCUUAAAAAUCCCAAAUUGGUCACGAAUUGGUAGACUUAAGAUGAGUCAGAUUCCGGGCAAGAAAGUUAUGGAGUUCUUUAUCGGUCGACUAGUUUGUGAUGUAAAGUUAUCAGCACAGGAAUUAAUUCGUAGUCGUAGCUAUGAUUUAAGCUCACUUUGUCAAAAGAUUCUUAAAAUUGGCGAGGAUGAACGACAAGAAAUUCUUUAUGAUAACAUUCCUUAUGUCUACGAUGCAAGCACAUCAAUUAUUGACUUUAUGGAAAUAAAUGUACAAGACUGCAUCUACAUAAGUAAAUUAAUGGUCGAAUUAAAUAUUUUACCGCUCGCACUACAAAUUACAAAUAUUGCUGGAAACUUAAUGUCAAGAACAUUGCAAGGAGGUCGCUCGGAGAGAAAUGAAUUUUUAUUAAUGCAUGCAUUUUAUGAGAAGCAAUACAUCAUACCCGAUAAGAAGAUGUGGAAGGACACAAACAGUAAGAAUGAAGAUGAGGAUGAAGGACAUAAUACGACGCAAAUGACACAAGCUGCUACACAAGCCAAUACGACGCAAGCACAGAAUCAGGGAAAGAAAAAAGCAUCAUAUGCUGGUGGUCUCGUUUUGGAUCCAAUUAAAGGAUUCUAUGAAAGUUUUAUUCUACUCAUGGACUUUAAUUCUCUUUAUCCAUCAAUUAUACAAGAAUAUAACAUCUGCUACACAACCAUUUCUGCUCCUAACGAUCCAAAUGAACUUCCCAUCGUACCAGACUCGAAUGUUGAACUUGGUAUCUUGCCUGUACAGAUUCGUACGCUUGUUGAGAGUCGUAGAAAUGUCAAAGCACUCAUGACAAAACCAAAAGUUACACCUGAGCUUAAAAUGCAGUACAAUAUUCGACAAAUGGCUCUUAAAUUGACCGCAAACUCCAUGUAUGGAUGUCUUGGAUUCUCUCAUUCACGCUUCUAUGCGCCACAUUUGGCAGCUCUCGUUACAUUCAAAGGCCGUGACAUCUUAAUGGCAACAAAGACACUCGUCGAGAAGCUUAAUCACAGUGUAAUUUAUGGAGAUACAGAUUCAAUAAUGAUCAACACAAGAUCUCAAGACUACGAUGAAGUCAACAAGAUUGGCUUGAACAUCAAAAAGGCUGUAAAUGCUAUUUAUAAGCAUGUUGAACUUGAUAUUGACGGAGUUUACCAGAAAUUGUUGCUGCUUAAGAAGAAAAAGUAUGCAGCAGUCGGUGUAAGUCAAAAAGAAGGUGGCAUACUCGAUUAUAGUUAUGAAUUUAAAGGUCUUGACAUUGUUCGUCGUGAUUGGUCGAAAAUAGCAAGUAAUACAGGCAAAAUCAUCCUUAAUACACUUCUCGCUGUUGACAGUAAGAAAGAAAUGGACGAACGUGUCGAGGAAAUUUUUGAUAUUUUAACAACACUCGCUAAAGAUUUAAGUGAAGAUAAAAUUCCACUUCCAAUGCUGGAAAUCACGAAACAAUUAACAAAAGCACCAUCAGAUUAUGCUGACAUGUCAUCACUUCCACACGUUCAAGUUGCUGAUCGAAUGAAUGUGCAAAAAAAUCGUAGAUUUAAGAAAGGCGAUAUGAUUGAUUAUAUAAUUUGUGAAGACGGAACUGACAAUCCAGCUCCAAAGCGUGGCUUUCAUAUCGAUGAAAUUAAGUCUGAUCAUGAGAAUGAUGUGAAAAAGUUAAAAGUAGAUAAAUUUUAUUAUUUAUCACAGCAAAUUCAUCCAGUCAUUUGUCGUCUCUUAGAGCCAAUUGAAGGCAUUGAUAGUGCUGUAAUUGCUGAGAAAUUAGGUUUAGAUCCAAAAGAUUUUCGUAGUAAGACAAAAACAGUGAGAAAUGACGAGAAUGAUAAUGAUCAAAUGAUUAAGACAAAUGAAAAGAAAUACGGUCAAUGUGAGAAAUUCAUGUUUCCAUGUGCUGGAUGUAAGCAAAUGAACUUUAUUGCUGCGCCACUAAAGAAGGAAAAUGGAAAGCUAGUGACAGUUUUUGAUAGAUGCAUCAAUACUGAUUGCAAAGUUCGACCUAUUGAAUAUUUACCAUUAAUUAAGAAUCAUCUACGUGCCAGUAUAGCUAAAGUCAUCAAUCGUUUCUAUGAGAAUUGGUUCGUUUGUGACAAUCCAAUGUGUAAUAAUAGCACACAGAACUAUGCAUGGUCAAUUGAUGGAACAAACUUGUUAUGUCUCGGCUGCAUGGAAGGAAACUUGCAACGAAGCUACACAAAUGAGGAUCUUAAUAUGCAAAUCGAUUAUUAUAAUUUCAUGUUUAAUAUUCGCACAUAUGAAUCAGAAGUAUCAAAUCUUGGCGGAGAUAUAUAUGCAGCAUAUAAUAUGAUGUUGGAAAUUGUUUCCGAAUAUUUGGAUAAUUCAAAUUACUUUACUAUUGAGCUGAAAGAUAAACUCGUCGAUUAUGAGUACAAGCUGAUUAAUGAGAAUGAGAAGAAAAUGAGCUGGAAGCACUUUUUCCUCGAUACAUAUGCGGAAGUGCUGUAAAUUAAGUGAAAAGUUUCGUAUUUUCUUAUUUAAAUUUUUUUAUAUACGGAUUUUCUUUUUAUUUCUCAAAUAUACAUUUACAUCAUCAUAUAUAAAGACAGCUUAUUAUAAUUAAAACUUCAUUUAGCAUUUUCUGCCUUUCUUUUCUUUUUCUUUUUAUUAGCAACAAAGGGGAUGUAAUUUAUUAUCCAUUACUUUAUUUCAUACUGAAUGAAAAAUAAAAGUUCUUAUUUUUUUGAAGGGUAAAAUUCAAAGAGGUGUAAAAUUAAGGAUUUUUGUGUGUUAAUUAAUUAGAUUUUCAACUAUAAAACUUUUUUUUUUGGGGACUUUUUAAUUACUUACAGCUUUUUAUUGGUUUAUAAGAAAGGUGCAAAAUGUGGAGCAAUCUUCUUGAAUUUUAAAAUUUAUGAAGACCACAUUGAGGUAGGUAAAAAUGAAUUAAUUUGGAUGUUGGCACAAGACUAUACGACCAGCAAAGUUAUCUAGAUUUCCACCAUAUAAAACAGACUAUUAGUAAUUGCAUUGUGCUGCAAUCACUGAAUUUUUCAUAAGAUUAAUAGAUUUGGGUCGUUGAGGCUACAAAUAUCGAUCGAAUUAAGCUGCUAAAUGUCUUUGUGAACUAUUCUGAGCAUAUUAAAAGCUUACUUCCUCGAAUUUGCAUCGAAACCGCUCGAUUUGAAGGAUCAAGACUUAAUACUAAGUCAAGGUAACCGUCUUAGCUUAAUAACUUGAAUUGUAGCAUGAACAUUGGAUCAAAAGCUUCAAGAUUACCUUGCGAAUUGACAAUUGAGUCAAAAAAAGACAUGAUGUUCCCUGCAAUGACGCUAAAUCACAAGCAUUGUAAGCUACAUCUUUAACAAAGUAAUCUCUAUGCUAGUAUUUACCUAGGCAAAGAAUACAAUAGCUAUUCUCGGUUUACAGGUUUCGACAUGGAAUGAUUAAGGGAUGAUUUAAGUCUGAUAGACAGCAACUCUGAAUUAGCAGCUCUAGCUUAAGUUACAGUCACGAGGUGGAUUGAACUUUGUUAUAUUCAAUGUAGAAUAUUGAAAAAAUCAACUUAAUAUGAUACCAAUCACUUAUUACCAACCUCAAUGAGCAUCAUUCCUUUAAACUUCAGCAAGACUAUUCCACCUUCCCAUCCACAAAACAAGACAGAAUUGAAAUGAAGUAUCAACAAAAAUAAUUCAAUUUCUAUACAUAAAUAAUUUUGUUUUUCUCUUUAUUUUUAUUUUUUUCGUCCAUAAUCGAUUAAGUUCCAUUCUUUAUUUUAUUACAGACUACCAUCGACUUGAUUCUUUCAAUAUAAACAAAUUUAUUCAUUUAGCUUGUAAAAUUGGUAGAACAUAUAUUUUUUAUAUAGAGAGAGAAAGGAUAAGGAUAUAAAAUAUAAAAUAAUUAAAAAUAAAUAUACAGAAAUAUACGACACUGAAAUGAUACUAUAAUAUAUUAUGCUUUAUACUUCUCUUUUUUAAAAUACAUGCAGAGAUUAAUUUUUUUUUUCAUGAAAUUGCGUAAAAAAACGAAAAAAUUAUUUUGCCAUUUUUCUUCUUCUUUAAAUUCGGUUAAAAGCAGGUGACGGCAGUGAAUGAGAGUGAGUAAGCGAAAAAUUCAAAUUCGACGGAUUGGUGCUCUAUUGUCUAUUGGUUUUUCUUUAUCGUGUUAAACUUAAAAUGAAAAAUAAUUGUAAUUUGGAGUAAAGGGGGUUGAAGAGGUUGUAAGGAAAUGAAUUUGUGAUUUUUUUGAGGAAAUUGAGCUAAGUUUGAGUUAUUGUUCAGUAAGUUUAAAGAUUUUCAGAUAGAGUUGCUUACUAGAUACCUAUGAUUAGGUUUAAACGACGAUGGUUUGUAUUUAUAGACCAUCUAGCAAGUUCUAGUGUCGCAGUGCCUGUUUGUUAACCAUUUAGGGAUAUUGACUAGGUAUCUAAUCUACGCCUAGCCUAAAUCUAGUCAAAACCUAGACAAAUGCAACUGAUUUGCUAAGAUUAAGCAGUAAGAGAUCGCAUAAAUCUAGAAUUUGCCUAGAUUUAAGCUUGCAAUAUUAGUCUGUCCCAGAAAAUCAACCUUACUCAUUUUAAGACUAAUCCUAGUCAGUAUCUAGUAAACAAUUCUAGUUGUUGCAACAUUUCUUCAAUUUGGGAACUAAAUCUUCAUUA